AUGAUUCUCGCUGUUGGAAUGAUGGGCGAAGCUAUCCUUUAUAUCCUUGUACUUCUUAAUCAACUAAUAUUUCCUUUGGCUAAAGACAUUACAUACGGAGGGGAUAUUCAUGCUUUGGGUCUUGAAAGUGGAGUGAUUCCAGACUCUAGUCUUACAUCAUCCAGUGAAUGGGAUGCUGAUCAUUCAGCAAGAAGAGCAAGAUUAAAUCUAUUAAGAGUUAAUCUAUUACGUGGAGCCUGGUCAGCAAAAGAAAAUAAACUCGGCGAGUGGAUACAGGUUGAUCUUUCAGUUACAUAUCUGAUCGUUGGAGUAGCAAUCCAGGGUCGGAAUGAUCUUGACCAGUGGGUAACGAGCUUUAAGAUUAAUUGCAGUCUCGAUGAAGUUUCCUUUGAUACAGUUCAAGACCCCAACACCAACCCAGCUUCUGAAAAAGUGUUCACAGGUAAUAGCGACCGUAACACCGUGGUUAACAACACCUUACCCAUUCCACAGAUGUGUCGCUACGUACGUCUUGUACCUCAGACGUGGCAUAAGCAUAUCAGUCUACGAAUGGAAAUAUAUGGUUUAAUUCCUACUGGCUUUCAGCGAUCCACCGUUUUCAGACUUAUUUCAAAUGACCAGAUUCUCACUGAUACAUAUGCAUCCUAUCAAUCUGUGACGUCACUCAUUAGAUGUGGUCAACUUUGUCUUCAAGAUAAAUCGUGCAAUAGUUUUACAUACAUCCACCGCAAGAGGGCAUGCUUUAUGGGACAACAAUCUACCACAAAGUCACGCAAUGGGGCGGCAACUUACGUCGUAUAGGUUUUUGUUUUUUGAUUUAGUGAACAUGCCAAAUACAAUUAUUUUUCCCUUGAAAAUAUUAAAUACUCAUGAUUUUAGGAAAUGAUAUAAAAGAAAAGUGGGGACAAGCAAUCAUCGUUUCCUCCUAUUCCAUAUUCUAGACGGCGUGCAUAAUGUUAACUGUUUUCAUAAAAUAUUGCUAAACUUUGAAAUUCAAUAAUCUCGUUAUUUACUAUCAGAUUUUGAUGAAAUUAUCAUUUUGCUCGGCAAUUUUUACUCAAUUUAUUAUAAUACUUUCAGCCCGAAAUACCCUUUAAUGACGGCCACCAAGGUAUUCGAUAAAUGUACGCAUUAUAAAGUCGAAAAACCCUAUUCUUGAUUCACAUGUGAAAGUGUCCGGGUGGACAUGAUCAUAAUUUGGUGAUUCUUGCCUUAGAGGUUAU